AUGAGAGUAACCAAACCGAAAAGUGGUAGAAGUUCGGCCUUAAAACGUUUAAAUGCUACUUUAAAGGAUGUUGGGCUAGUAGGACCAAAAUCACGCUCAGCUAGCAAAAAAAGAACACACCCAAGAGAUGGGAAUGCUAAUAUUUCUAAGUUGAAUAGUUUAGCGCCAAACCAAAUCAAUCCUUUUGAAUUGAAAGUUAAUAAAGUUAAACAUGACGUAUUAGGAAAGAAAAUUAAAGGUGUUCAAGGUAAACCUGGAUUAAAAAGGCAAAUUGGAAUUGAAAAGGCUUUUGGAGGAAUAGUCGAUCACCGGUUUGGUGAAAAUAAUUCAAAUAUUUCACCUGAAGAAAAAUUUUUAGAAAGAUUUACUAAAGAACGACAAAAGCGAUCGAAAUCAUUAUUUAAUCUUGAAGAGGAUGAUGAUGAUUUGACUCAUUAUGGUCAAUCUUUGGCUGAAAUAGACGAUUUUGAUGAACCAGAUUUGGUUUUAAGCGAAGAUGAUGAAAAGGGCGUUAUUGAUAUGGAGACUGUAUCUAGAAGCCACUUUGGUGGGUUCGAAAUUACGAAUGACAAUGAUGUUGGACGCAAGAAAUACAAAAAUGAAGUUAUGAAAGAAAUUAUUGCUAAGAGUAAAAUGCACAAAUACAAGUGUCAAUUGGAGAAAGAUGAAGAUGAAAAAGUUCGACAAGAAUUAGAUAUUGAAUUAGAUUCAAUCCGUAAUUUACUUAUUAUACCUCAUGGUGAACCUUUUCAAGAAUCUGGUUUUCUGAAGCAAUCUGGUUCAAUAGAAGUUGACAGGUCUGAUGAAAAAUAUGAAGAAUAUGAUAAAAUUGUUCGUGAAUUAGCUUUUGAAAAACGAGCAAGACCUACAAAUAGAACCAAAUCCGAAGAAGAAAUUGCAUUAGAAGAGAAAGAAAAAUUAGAAAGAUUAGAGAAUGCAAGAAAAAGACGCAUGGAAGGCUUGAGUUCAGGAUCAGAAGAUGAUGAUAAUAAAAGUAAACAUAAAAAACAAAGACGUUUUCCAAUAGCUGAUGAUUUAGGUGAAGAUUAUUUGACGGAUAAGAAUGAUAAUGAUGAUUUUGGAUUAGGGAAAGGAAUUACUUUAAGAAAUUUUGGUACUAUUGGAAGAACACAAUAUGGAGAAUCAGACGAAAUAGAUAUAGAUGAUGAAAAAAAAAGCCAAGAUGAAGAGGAGGGCGAGGACGAAGAGAAUGAUGAGAGUGAUGAAGACAAUGAAGGGGAAGACAACUAUAUUGAUAACGAAUGUCAUCUCUUAGAAGACAUUAAUGAUUUUUCAUUUAAAAAAGUUAAGAUACUCCAGACUAAGAAUCGUGUAGAUUCUCAGGCUACUAAAAAGGAAAAGAACAAAGAAGAAAAUAAUAAAAGUGAAUCUGUAUUAGCAUACAUUUUCCCUUGUCCUUCAACUAUGGAAAAUUUUUUGGAAAUUUUAGAGGAUGUUGAGGAUAAAGAUGUGCCAGUAGUUGUACAUCGUAUUCGAAUCCUUCAUCAUAUAAAACUUUCUCCCGAUAACCAAGAAAAAUUAGAGAAUUUUUUUAAUAUCUUGAUGGACUACAUUUAUAUUCGGAUACAAGAAAUUCCAUGUCAAAUGCAUUUGAUAAAUCGAUUAUCAUUACAAAUAUACGAUUUAGUACAACAAAUACCAGAAUAUACUAUUAAAUAUUUUAAAGAAAAAAUCGAUUAUCAAAAAAAUAGUUUAGUGAGAAAUAAUAAGUUUCCAGGAAUUACCGAUCUUUUUUUAUUUAAGCUAUUCGGGAAAGUAUUUUCUACGUCAGAUUUUCAUCAUAACAUUAUUACUCCAACUUUAUUAUUAAUUGGACAAUAUUUGUCUCAAUGUCAAGUUAUUAAUGGAAAAGAUUUAAUAUCUGGAUUGUUUUUGUGUAAUUUAUUAUAUGAGUAUCAAGCCUUAUCACAACGUAUCAUUCCUGAAGCGAUUAAUUUUUUAUUUACGACACUCGUAUAUCUUGCACCGAAAAAUACAUUCAAUAAUACACCAUCAAUCCCUGGAACAUUUCCAUUUCCUAAUAGUAUUAAUUCCAUACCUUCUAUACUUCAAAUAAAAGAUGGAAAGAAUAUCGAAAUUAAAUUAUUAAAAUUUUCCGAAAUAUUAAAUAAAAACGUUGAUAAUUUAGAUACUGAUGAUUUUAGAGUAUCGGUAUUAUUAGCUACUUUACAUAUCAUAGAAUUAUAUGCAAAAUUAUAUAAUUCUACUUCUGCUUUCAUAGAAUUAUUUAAUCCUGUAUCGGAAUUAUUGUCUAGUUACCCAUUAAAUAAAUUUGAGGAGUUAGUUAAGAACAAGAUAGAGACUAUUCAGGAAACAUUACGACGAUUUCAAAAGUUUUCUAAACAAAAUCGGAAACCACUUGAACUACAAUUGCAUAAACCAAUUCCGAUCCCCACAUAUAUUCCUAAAUUCCAAGAAAACUUCUCUAUUGACAAAUAUUAUGAUACGAAUAAAGAUCGCGCAAAGAUAAAUAAACUUAAAUCACAAUAUAAGAGAGAACAUAAAGGAGCAAUAAGAGAGUUACGUAAAGAUAGUCAAUUUAUUGCUAAACAGCAUAUUAUUGAGAUCAAAGAAAAAGAUGUUGUUUAUAAAAAGAAAAUUAAUAGAAUCAGGGGCACACUUGAAAAUGAACAAAGUGAAAAAAAAGCUUACGAAAAAGCUAAAAAAUACGGUAAAUUAUAA